AUCUGGGAAAUUUUUAUUUUUUUGCCUUUUGCGACGGUACUCGACCACCAGGUGUGUGGGUACAGGUUCGGUUUUCUAGGGACUUGUUUAACCAUUGCUCCCCAAACACAUCAGCAAAAAUGGCCCCCGAAUUGAGAAAAAGAACCAGAUCCGUCACUGGCAAGGAGCCUGUGGCGAAGAAGGCGGCCAAGGUCGAAAAGGUUGAAAAGGUCGAGCCUGCAACUGAAAAGGCCCCCAAGAAGGUGACCAAGAAGGCCACCAAGGAGGAGAAGGUCGAGAAGACCCCCAAGCGCAAAGCUCCCGAGGAGGCGCAAGCUUCUCCCGUCGCGGCGAAGAAACAGAAGCCCGCAAAGGCGAACGCGAAGUCGAAGAAGUCUGCCCCCGCACCCGAGCCCGUCGAGGAGGAGGAGGAGAAGGAGGCCGAGCCCGAAGCCACCGAGGAUGCCGAGACCUCUGUCGUAGCUUUCGAGGACGAUGAGGACGACGAGGAAGUCGACGCCGACAUUGCCGCCCUCGCCGCCGGCCUCGACCCAGAGGACGCGCCGGCCGGCAAGGGAACCUUCAAGGAGGGCCAGGAUGUCGGCAAGGUGCCCAAGUUCAAGAAGCAGAAGCAGUUGACAAACGGCAAAAAGGAAGAGCCCGGCGUGGUCUUCAUCUCCAGACUGCCCCACGGCUUCUACGAGCACGAGCUCAAGGGCUACUUUUCACAGUUUGGCAACAUCACCCGCCUCCGUCUGGCGCGCAACAAGAAGUCCGGCGCGAGCAAGCACUACGCCUUUCUCGAGUUCGCCGAGGCCAGCACGGCCGAGAUCGUCGCCAAGACCAUGGACAGCUACCUGCUGUUCGGCCACAUCCUGAAGGUCAAGACGGUGCCGGCGGACCAGCUGCACGAGGACGUGUGGAAGGGCGCCAACAAGCGCUUCAAGAAGAUCCCCUGGCACAAGAUUGCCGCCGGCGAGGUGGCGAAGCCGAGGACCGAGUCCGGGUGGUCGCACAAGGUGUCCAAGGAGGAGAAGAAGAGGCUGGAGCGCGCCGAGAAGCUCAAGGCGAUUGGGUACGAGUUUGAGGCGCCCAAGUUGAAGGAGGCUGUUGCGCCGCCGCCUGAGCCCAUGGCUGUUGACGCGCCCGAGGAGACCAAGGCUAUUGAGGCUGCUGCGCCGGUUGAGGAGAAGAAGGCUGUUGAGGAGGAGGCCGCCAAGGAGGUGGAGGAGAAGGUCGCCGAGGUUGAGACGCCCAAGUCUGCGAAGAAGGCGGCGGCUAAGGGCGGCAAGAGGAGAAAGUCCAGAGGUUAAAAGGAAGCUCCUUUUUUGUUUUAAUGAUAUCCCUCGUUACGACGGAACUGUUUCUCUCAUCUUUGUGGGGUUUCACGAAAAAAGUCUUGGUUUUUUGCAUCAGGUAUUCUACUGCGUUUCUCUGUUCACCCAGGAGUCGUUGCAUCGAGAAUAAAACAAGGGGACAUAAUUCAAAAGAUUUCAAGUUAGUAUGUGCGCACAUAGCGAACCCGUCGCACCCAUUUUCAACCCAAAAGUUGGGGGCAAGCACCGGGAUUAUAAAAGGCGUUUUCAUCACUCUACUUCAGCGUCAAAAAUGAACAAGU